AUCCCCCUCCCCAGAUCGAUGACAGCCUGGCCAGCCUGGUGAUCGCCCAGCUCCUCUUCCUACAAUCCGAGAGCAACAAGAAACCCAUCCACAUGUACAUCAACAGCCCCGGAGGCGCGGUGACGUCGGGGUUGGCCAUUUACGACACCAUGCAGUACGUGCUGAACCCCGUGUGCACGUGGUGCGUGGGGCAGGCGGCCAGCAUGGGCUCCCUGCUGCUGGCUGCGGGGCAACCAGGCAUGAGGCACGCGUUGCCCAACGCCCGCAUCAUGGUGCACCAGCCCUCGGGGGGGGCGCGGGUACGGAAUGGGGGG